AUGCAGGAAUCUUCCGCCGCGCAAAAGAAAGGGAAUGGACAGGGCAACUAUAAAUUGAUCGAUGCCCGUGGACCAAGUCUUGACUCUAUGAUCCUGAACAGCACCCAAUCCCUGAAAAAGAGAGAAUCCUCGACAUCCGAAAACAACUUAGACAUAAUGGAUCAGCACUCCAAGUUGGCAGAUAAUAAUGGCAUGAACAACCAGUAUCGCGAUUUGACCAAGGCCACCACCCCACACCGGGCCGAAAAGGAGGCUGACAAAAACAAAGUCCUACUAGACAAAGAUGCUAAGUCUCCCUUUUCUGAGAAUAUCUCAAAAGGCUCUAAGAAGCAGGAAACCGGCAAAGGCAACUUAUUGGCCUCUGCGCCAGCGAAGAGACCAGAGCCAGUGCUCCACCUCCGUGGCGGCGGCUGCGUAGCGAGCUCCGUAGUGAACCGCAUGGCCCCAAAUCGCCAUCCUGACGACAACGAGCGUCCCACUAAGCUUCUCUGGUACAUGAUAGGCGGCGUGGGACCACCCCCAACAUUCGGCGAAAUUAGACGUAGCCGAAAAAGCGAUAAAGAAGACAAGAAGGCGCCUGGACAAGGAGGAAACGCUGGAUCAUCCUCGACUGAAUGA